AGCUAAUCUUGUCCCCCUCUGCCUCUCUUUCUGAGUUUCCUUGGUGGUAAUGUUGUUGCUGUUGUUAUCUGACAAUCUGUGACCAUCAAUUGAACAAGAACGCUCAGGAGAAUUCAAGAGUUUCUACACAGGGAGAAGAAAUGUUCCGGUUGCACAAGGCCAGGCCAGCUGCUAAAUCGUCAUCAGGGGAGAAAAUAGAUUUCAAAUUCUCCUAUUUCAAGGCACUCCAGGUUCCAAGAGGAUGGGACAAGCUGUCUGUGUCUAUAAUCUCCGUGGAGACUGGAAAAACAAUUGCAAAGACGAGCAAAGCAGCUGUUCGAAAUGGGAAUUGUCAAUGGACUGAGAGCUUGUCAGAAUCCAUGUCGACUGCUUCACAAGAUGAGUCUUCAAAGGAACAUGACGAAUGCCUCUUCAAGUUCGUUGUUGCCAUGGGAUCAGCUAGAUCUGGCAUUCUUGGAGAGGCUACAGUUAAUAUGGCAAGCUACAUGAGCUCGAGUGAUUCUGUCCCGGUUUCAUUCCCAUUGAAAAGGUGCAAUCACGGCACCAUUUUACAGGUCAAGAUUCAAUGCCUGACACCGAGAACAAAACUAAUCAGGGAUGACAAAUCGAAGGAGACAGAUUCCCACAAGGAAGAUAUAAAUGCAGACUCUCAGUCUCAUGAAGUGGAGAUAAAGUCAGAGGAGUCUAAUGGUACAGUUGCAAAGAGUGAGGAAUCUUACUCAGGUAGAGAUUCCAGCUGUACCUCACUUCCGCAAGAACAUGAGAAGAGGCCGGAAGCCAGUUUCUCUAACUCGGAUUCACAUCACAGCUAUGACUCAGCCGAGGAUUUCACAAGGGAAAGUUUCUCGCCAUCAAACAACUUAAGUGGUGAUGAGCCCCCCCUGAUUUCAGGAAAACCAAAUUCGGCAAGCUCCCAAAAGAGUUAUCCUAUAGGCAAUCCAUCUGAAUCAAAUCAAGCAUCAUUUAAAUCACGGACAACGCUUCCAGAAAACCUUUCUCGAGAAGACACACAAGAGUUUGCUACAUCAUCUUUGAGAGUUUCAGAUUCCUCUAAGAGAUUGUUGGAAACGGCAGAAGAUACAGUCGAAGACCUUCGUAAUGAGGCUAAGAUGUGGGAGAGGAAUGCCAGGAAGCUGAUGCUUGAUAUGGAAAUAUUGAGGAAGGAAUACUCUGAGCAGUCUAAAAACCAGGCAAACAUGUACAUGGAGCUGUCAGCAGCAUGCGCAGAACGUGAUGGGCUGCAAAAAGAAGUCGAACAAUUGAAACUGUUGUUAGAGAAAUCUACUGCGAAACCAGAAGCAUUGGAGGAUUACACGUUCCAAGAUGAAGGUGCAGUUAAGGAAUUAGAAAAUGAUGUUAUGUUUCAGAGGGAAUCCAAUGCUAAUCUCAGUGUCCAGCUGAAAAGGAGUCAAGAGUCUAAUGCUGAGCUUGUAUCUGUGCUUCAGGAGCUGGAAGAAACUAUCGAAAAGCAGAAAAAUGAGAUAGAUAAUCUCUCUGCUCUCCAGUCAAAAUUCAGCGAUAUGGAAAAUUCUAUCCAGAUAAACUUGGAGAAGAACAGGAACUUAAUUCUACACACUCAACAAUUGCAAGAAUCGGAGAAAAUUUUGCAGGCUAAAGUACAAGCACUGGAACAGGAUCUGGAGGACAAAAACCGAAGCAUAGAAAAUGAGAGUAUGAACAACCGAAAUUUUUUGGAUAUGGAGACUGAAUACAAAUGCAAGCUAACUGCUAAAGAAAAAGAAAUAGUCAGUUUGAAAGCACAGCUAUCAGAGUCGCUGAAUGAAAGACAUUAUUCCACAAAAAUGGAGUCCAUAACUGGAGGUGAUGAAAAUUUGAUCAGAGAAAUUGAAGCAUUAAAAGUUAAGCUGCAGGAGCUGGAAAGCGACUGCCAGGAGUUGACAGAUGAAAACCUUGAGUUGUUGCUCAAACUUAAGGAAAACAAAGAAAGUUCCACGGAUGGAGUUUUAUCUUCGACCAGUUUCUUGUCCGAAGGGAAUGGCCAAGAAUCACAAAUGGAUAAACUUGAAGAGAAGAUGAAGAAGAAAUUGCUUAGGGAGAUUGAAAAUGAUCACAAUCUUUCAAUUCAAGAGAAUGAAAGCCUGAAAUCGCAACUGGAAGUUGAAGUUACAGAACUGAAUAUGGAACUCGGUGAAAAAUUGGCUGAGAUAGAAAGACUCAAGGCUAGUUUACUGUCAAAAGAAGAUGAGAAUGGGACUCUUCAAAGGUAUCAGAGAGAAUUAGAAGCCAAGCUCUCCGUUCUUCAAAAUGAGAAAGGCCAGAUGGAAGAAAGAAUGGAGAUUGUGACAAGGGGAGGUGACAUUGCUACGAAGUGCCUGAAUGACUUGAGAAAGGAUUUAAUGGUACUUAGCAGCAGUGUGGAUUCGCAUGUUUCUGCCAAUAAAAUUCUUGAAAAGAGAUCUUCAGAGCUAGCUAGUGCUAAACAGGAAUUGGAGAUCCGAUUAUCAGAGCUAAAGCAAGAAAAUGAAGAGUUAUCAUCACACAUAACUGUCUUGGAAGGUCAAAUAACACAAUUGACAGAUGAUAGGAAGUCAACUAAAUUGGAAUUAGAGAAUUCCAAAACUCAGGUUCAGAUUCUUCAAGAUCAGGUUUCAAGAUUGAAAAAUGACGUGGAGACUCAAACGACUGAUCUGAAACAAAAUCUACAACGACUGCAUGAUAAAUGGUCAGAAGCCCAAGAAGAAUGUGAUUAUCUGAAAAGAGAGAAUCUUAAUUUGCAAGCAACUGCUGAAAGUAUUAUGCAAGAAUGCAGUUCACUUCAGAAAUCAAUUGGAGAGUUGGAAAGGCAGAAAUUAGAGUUGCAAGGGCACUGCACCCAUUUGGAGGCAAAAUUGAGAGAGUCGCACAGAAGAUUUGCUGAUUGUUCCAGAAGAGUGACGGUUUUAGAAGAAAAUAUAUCUUCAGUUCUAGAAGAUAGUGCCUCGAAAGAGAAAAAACUAAUUACGGAGUUGGAGACACUUCUUGAGGAAAAUGAAAAACAGAAUAAGAGAUUUAGUUUGCUAAACCAGAUGUAUUUGGAGAUGAUGGUUGAAGUUGAGAGUCUUCAAAGAGAGGUGGGAGACCUUACCAAGCAACUUUCUGCAACUCAAGCCGAUAGAGAGAGAAUAGCUUCUGAAGCUGUGGAUGAAGUGUCUGGUUUAUGUGCAGUCAUAGCCAGGCUAGAAUCGGAACUCAAUACUUCCCAGAUUGAAUCCGACACGAAGGUUCAAGGCUUGAUGGGUGAACUCGCUGCAUCCAAACAGAACCAAGAAAUGCUAAAAGUUGACAAUGGAAGAAUGUCAAAGCUGUUGACGAAUUACAUAUCUUGCGAAGAAAAUUUUAAAACCACUCUUAGCGAUCUUGAAUUAAAGCUGACAGUUUCUGAGUAUGAACGGCAACAAGUCAUGGAAGAAUCUACCAAAUUGAAGGUUCAGCUUCUGGAGAUAGGAUCUCUUCAGGAUGAAGUUGUGGCUUUGAAGAAUGAACUCAAUGCAAUCAAGUAUGAGAAAGAGAAACUGGAAACUUCAUUCCGCCUAGUAUCUGGAGAGUGCAAAGAGUUGAAGAUAGAGAAGAGUUCAUUUAUUGAGAAGAUCACUAUUUCGCAGAAGGCCGUAUCUGAAUUAGAGGACAGCAAACAGAAAAUAAUUUCCUUAGAAGAAAAGCUUUUGCGGAUGGAAGGUGACCUAAUGGCAAAGGAGGCAUUUUGUGAACAGUAUGCAGAGAUUAACAGUGAGCUCACCCGGAUCAAGAGAGCAAACAAGCAACUUCAGCAGCAGAUGCGACAAGUUGAGGAGGAUAAACUUGCAUGCUUAACAAGAACUCAAUCUCUUGAAGGAGAGGUGAUGUUCUUGAUGGAACAACAGCAGAACCAGAGGGACUCUGAGAGGAAGAAUUCUUACAGCAACCAACUGCAAGAAGGUGAUUAUGGCUACAAAAGUCCUGAUGGAGUUGAUCCUGCGUCGAAAAGUCAUUCACUUGAGGAAAAUCUGGCCAAGGCGUUGGAAGAAAAUAAUUCGUAUAAAAUCCAGCUUAAAAGGUUGAAGUCUGAGGGUCGUAAAAGCGUCCCAAGAUCUAGAAAAUCAACAGCUGAAGGUGAAGUUGUACCAAAAGAGAAAUUUGAACGCACAAAAUCGUCACUGGAGGCAGAGUUAAAAGACAUUCGAGAGCGAUACUUCCACAUGAGCCUGAAGUAUGCAGAGGUCGAAGCUAGCCGUGAAGAACUUGUGAUGAAGCUAAAGGCUUCCAAUAGUGGAAAGAGGUGGCUCUAAUGAACUCACUUCGUUUUGCGAGUUUCAAGUAGAUUUUCAACUCAUGAUUUUUGGUAUUUUUUUCUCAAACAGCAUCCAUGUUAUAUAGAGUGAAUAAAAUAAAUCGGGAAAAGAACAAAGAGGUCAUAGUUCCCAGAUGUUGUGCAUAUGAAACAGUUGAGUUUUGGUUGAAGGUUUUUACGAACCACUACUGGUAUGCAGCAGCGUAUUUGAAAUCCAAUAAGAGAAAAUUUGCUUGCU